UGUAAGAACGAACGCCAAAAAAAAAAACAAAAAAGAAGGCUGUCACUUCCUUCGUCCCUAAGACAAUUCAGAAAAAUUCUCUCACACACUGCAACAACAUAUAUAUGAUCCAAACAUCUCUUUCUGUCCCUCUUUCGUCAGAAAAAGAGAAAGGAAAAGGCUUUCUCAAUCCCCUAUAAAAACAAACAAACUCUUCAUAAAACCCUCUUCGGUCCUCCGAAUCAAGCAAAAGAAAAGAAUAAUAAUAAUAAAGAAAAAUACAAAGACCCCAGAGAACAAAUUAUUGUAUAUAUUGUUUGGCUUUUUCCAAACGAGAGUUUAGGUAGAAGAUAUCACUCCCGAGUAUGAACACUGAGGCUGUUCACAAGAGCAUAAAACCAAGGAAGAGAAGAAAUGGAAGUCGAUCAAUAGUGGACACUCUAGCAAAAUGGAAGGAGUACAACAGCCAACUCUGUUCUGUAGAAGGAGGAGAAGGGAGUCUUAAAUCACCAGCCAAAGGCUCCAGAAAAGGUUGUAUGCUUGGAAAAGGAGGACCCGAAAACUCGGUGUGCAAUUACAGAGGAGUUAGGCAGAGGACUCGGGGUAAAUGGGUUGCUGAAAUUCGAGAACCGAAUAACAGAACCACCAAAACUAGUAAAAGAGGAACAAGACUUUGGCUUGGCACUUUCUCUACUGCCCAUGAGGCAGCUCUUGCUUAUGAUGAGGCUGCAAAAGCGAUGUAUGGCCCUGUGGCUCUCCUUAACUUCCCUGACUACCCUCUAGAUCCUACUCACCAGCUCACUGUGUCAUCCGAAGAUGCAAGGGUUUCUGACCCGACUCGGUAUAGCAGCUUCAAUGGCAACACUCAGUCCCAGCAGAAUAAGCCUUUGAAUACAGAAACCAUGAUGUCCAAUGGUUGUAAUAGCUGUGGUGACAGUUAUGCCUGCUUGGAAGAUGAGCAUAAAAAUACGUGUUAUUAUCCGGCACUUGAUUUCGAUAUUGCAAAUGAUGCUAAAAUGCCAGAGAAACAAGAAAGUUCUUGCGGCUCUGUCGGUUCAUCGAGUAGUCUAGAUUGCUUACAAAAUUGGGCAAAGGAUGGAACACUAGGCAUUGAUUACUAUUGGGACAAUUGCUGCGAAAUGCCUUCCAGCUUUGAUUACCGGAUGCAGAUUAAAAAUUGUGACCUUUCUAAGAGCUUGAACCAUACGGACGAAGCGCAUUUAAGUUCGAUUAAUGAGUUCGAUUUCCUGAGGCCAGGUUAUGAUUUUGGUUUAUCGGAAGAGAAAGGGAAACUUGACAUAUGGUUCCCAGAAAAGGGUUUGUAGAUGUUACCUAAUUUUUCAUGAUCUCGAGGCCAGCUGCAAGAUUUUGGUUUGUGCUCUCUUUUGAAGAAAUUUGACCCGAACAUGCUUUUGCUGUUUGGUGUUUUGUUGAGUUUCCUGUUUACUCAAAUCGUCGUAUGAUUGGGAAGUUUGUUUUAGUUUGAUUUCUCUUUUUGUUGCGUAAGAUCUAUUGGAAAUCCUAGGAAUAAUUCGAAGGUGAAGAGACUUUUUGUUGGAUCAUGCAACUUUUUAGCGGAGUAGGAAAUUUUGUCAUUCUUUCCAAAUGUAUUCUAUUUUUUCCUUUACUAUGAACUUUGUUAU